AUGGCCGAUUACGAACGGAAGAUACUGGAUUACUACCAGCUUUCCACCGCAUAUCCGUCAGAAUGGCCUGCAGAGAAGGACAUGGCCGAGGGCUCCGAUGACGGGCAGGAUAGCAGGCAAGGAAGACGAAAGUCACGCUACGAAGUUCUCGAAACGGCUUUUGGGGGGGGGAGGAGCCCGGCCGAUGGGCAAGGUGGGCUCGGCAGUUUUGUGCAGAAAGACGAGCCAGAUCCACUGGGCACCUCGGAUAGCGUUGUGAGAUCGUUGAAACGGCUCGGUUUACCAGUGCAAGACGAUUCCAGAUUGAGGAACCGGUUCCUACUCUCCUCGACUGCCUUCUCUCCGGCACUGUUUCUGUCCCAGAUGCACUCGACAGCGGACACAAAGACCUUGCUGCAAGGCCUCGAUGUCCUCUCGCAGUCGAUUGAUGAAAAGUCGGCAUCGCUAAAGGUCCUUGUGGAAAGCAAUUUCGAACGCUUCGUCAAGGCCAAAGCCACCAUUGACAAUGUGUACAAAGAGAUGAAGUACCGUGGCAUUGAACCAGUCCAGCCACGAGCCGCCGCAAGACACUCGCAACACCCAAGUCGCACCAGCUUCAGCCGCAAGAGCAGCGGCAGCCACGCCCUCCUCAGCAACCCGUUGGCUCUCCUAAUGUCCGACAAUCGCAAGAAGAAUGCGUUGGUGAAGGAGAGCGAGUACGGUGUCAUGGGAAUCAAGGCACCAUUGCUAGACGUCUGCGCCAAGGCAGAAGACGUCUGGGGUCCAGCAUUGGGCGGUCGCGAGAAGGAGAAGCAUCUGCGCAACGUCUCGCGCCACCUGGAUGAGUCCAAGGACUGCGUGGAGCUCAGCGCCGUGGUGGCAGAUAGCAUCAAGAGGAAAGAUUACGAAUCCCUGGUGGACGGCUACAACAGGGCACGGAGGUUCGCAGACGAAGCCAGGCGGCUGCCGACAAGCCUUGACGGGCAAUCUCUGGAUGAUUCGCAGCUGUUCAAGCUCGUGCUUGUGGCAAGAAUGUGGAACGACGUCGACCAGCAAAUACAAGCGUUCAAAAAGGAGGUUUGGAAGAAACUAGCACUUACCCAUUCUUCCUCAUCGAGAACGGAGAACCUUGGAGGAAGACAGCAGGAUCAACACAUGGAGCUGAUUGGUCUGCUGCUCGAGUUGGGCGUGGACGAAAAUCCCAUUGGCGUGUGGUUGCUGAGCAAACACGAUCACUUGAAGACCAAGAUACAGGCCACUGCCGAUCGCUGCAGGGUUGAGAUUGAAGUUCUCCGACGCCGGCUCGCUGACGGCGAGAAACCCGAGCCUCACGUUCUUGCAUCGUAUCUACGAACACUGGGUCGCCAGCCCAUCGAAGGGAAGGCUUCCUCGUCAGAUUCUGGGCAAGUCAUCGAACUAUGGGACAAGAUGCACUCCUUCCUGAGCAGCCUCCUCUCGCCCCAGGGAAUCCUAGGAGAGCUGCUAGAAUUCUGGCAAACCUCCCAGGAAUUCAUAGACGGCAAUACCCAGCGGUCGCUUCCUCUAGGCCACAACGGCGAAUCGAAGAGCCACCAUCAACUUUCCUCCCAGACCGAGCAAGAUCUGAAACGGGGCAUUGUUGGGCUGGUCGAGCUUUUGCGGGAGCAAGUUCACGCCUUCUUCGUCGAGCUGCCUCCGGAGGACAUCUCGCUGCUGUUCUCGCCGUUACCGCUGUCGCCCAACUCUCCGGCCGUGGCAAGCAGCGUCUCUGGCUCGCUGACGCCCACAGCACUUCGAGAUCCCAGAUUCAACUUUGACCCCAACAACCCGCCGCCACUGUCUCCCACGCGGGGCGAGUCGUGGGAAAAGCUGGCUUUUUGGCCGCCGUGGUCCAAUUCCAUCAGUGGCGUGGAGUACUUGGCCAAGAUGCUGACUCUGGUGGGAUCAGGUGCCUCCGAGAUGGCCAGCCUCGGCCCCGUCGCGUCGAAUGGCCCUCGAGUCAUUGAGCAACUCAAGUCUCUGGUGGGGAUGUCGAGGGAGCGCUGCGUGGUCGCCCUGUGCGCAGCGUGGAAUCGCGACGCCGAGAGCAUCAAGUUCGUCGAGGACUGGCAGCGCCCAGCUGACUCGGGCGACGUCACGCGCAUGCCCGCCAUCUUCGCGGCUUUUGAAGGGGCUCUUCUCUCGGGAAUGCAAAAGAUUCUGUACAUCACGCACGCGGUGGAAAAGCCCGACGCGGCCAACAUUGUGCUUCCCCCGCCCACCAAGCUGCUGCAAAUGGUCCGCAGCCAGUACGUCACCACAUUGUAUAAGGCCCUGAGCGGCAUGGUUGAGAACGCGGAGCGGUCCCUCAAGAAGAAUAAUGACGACUGGGCCAUCUCACGAGAAGUCGUCCGCACUUUUGUUCCAAGCUCCGCCACGCGCAAGAGCAUGCUUGAUGCAGGUGAUCGGAACAUUCGCAUGUUAUUAACCCUCAGCAACCUGCAAGCCCUCCGUUCCAAGGUCGUCCCCAGCCUGAACUCGCAAUUCGAAAAUGCCUUUUCCGUCAAACUGACGGAGGAAUCCAAGACCAUCCGCGACGUCCUCGGCCAGAUCGACGCGCGCCUCUUCCAAUCCUACACCAAGCAGUCCAUAGAGAAGCUGCGGGCCAUCAUCCAAGCCGGUCUCUUCGCCAGCGACUGGGUGCCAGAAGCCGGCUCGCGCCCGACCGCCGCAAAACCAUACGUCUACGAGGCGCUCCUCGCCCUUGUUCUUGUCCACUCGCAGCUGACCACCACGGCUCCGUCGCUCACGCCCCAGGUCCUCUCGUUCUUGCUGGAACAGACGUCCCUGCAGCUGCUCGACGCGUUCCGCCACCGUCCGCGCUACUCCCUCGAGGCACUCAUGCAGGCCACGCUCGACGUGGAAUUUAUCGCCCAGACCCUCAGCCACUACACCACCGACAGAGCGUCGGAGCUGCAGAGCCAAAUCUACCAGGAACUGGACGGUAGGACGGACAACGACGCUCGCGCCCGGCUGCAGAGCGAGUUGCCCGAGAUGCGGAGCGUGCUGAAGAAGUUGCGCGAGGCGAGCAAGAAUGAGUUUGCGUGUUUCAAAAGGCCCAAGCGGCCGGGACAGCCGGUUCCUAAAGCUGACACCGGUGCGGGCUCCAAGUAG